AAACACGUCCACUGUACCCUCCAUUAGGACGUCUCCAAGCAGAGUCUCUUGUCCCCACUAAAAGCAUCAUGACUUGUGGAUCCUACUGUGGUGGCCGAGCCUUCAGCUGCGCCUCUGCCUGCGGGCCUCGGCCAGGCCGCUGCUGCAUCACCGCCGCCCCCUACCGCGGCAUCUCCUGCUACCGCGGCCUCACAGGAGGCUUCGGAAGCCGCAGCGUCUGCGGGGCCUUCCACACAGGCGCCUAUGGACGCAGCUUCGGAUACCGCUCUGGAGGGGUGUGCGGCCCCAGCCCGCCCUGCAUCACCAGCGUGUCGGUCAACGAGAGCCUCCUCACACCCCUCAACCUGGAGAUCGACCCCAAUGCGCAGUGCGUGAAGCACGAGGAGAAGGAGCAGAUCAAGUGCCUCAACAGCAGGUUCGCUGCCUUCAUCGACAAGGUGCGCUUCCUGGAGCAGCAGAACAAGCUGCUGGAGACCAAGCUGCAGUUCUACCAGAACCGUGAGUGCUGCCAGAGCAACCUGGAGCCGCUGUUUGAGGGCUACGUGCAGACGCUGAGGCGGGAGGCCGAGUGUGUGGAGGCCGAUGGCGGGAGACUGGCUGCAGAGCUCAACCAUGUGCAGGAGGUGCUGGAGGGCUAUAAGAAGAAGUACGAGGAGGAAGUUUCUCUGAGAGCCACAGCUGAGAAUGAGUUUGUGGCUCUGAAGAAGGAUGUGGACUGUGCCUACCUGCGCAGAUCAGACCUGGAAGCCAACGUGGAGGCGCUGACGCAGGAGAUCGACUUCCUGAGGCGACUGUAUGAGGAGGAGAUCCGAGUUCUCCAGGCUCACAUCUCAGACACCUCAGUCAUCGUCAAGAUGGACAACAGCCGGGACCUGAACAUGGACUGCGUUGUGGCUGAGAUCAAGGCUCAGUAUGAUGACAUUGCUACCCGCAGCCGGGCAGAGGCCGAGUCCUGGUACCGCACCAGGUGUGAGGAGAUCAAGGCCACAGUGAUCCGGCAUGGGGAGACCCUGCGCCGCACCAGGGAAGAGAUCAAUGAGCUGAACCGCAUCAUCCAGAGGCUGACAGCUGAGAUUGAGAAUGCCAAGUGCCAGAAUACCAAGCUGGAGACUGCAGUGACCGAGUCUGAGCAGCAGGGCGAGGCGACCCUCAACGAUGCCAAGUGCAAGCUGGCCGGGCUGGAGGAGGCCCUGCAGAAGGCCAAGCAGGACAUGGCCUGCCUGCUCAAGGAGUACCAGGAGGUGAUGAACUCCAAGCUGGGCCUGGACAUCGAGAUCGCCACCUACAGGCGUCUGCUGGAGGGCGAGGAGCAGAGGCUGUGUGAGGGCAUUGGCUCCGUCAAUGUGUGUGUCAGCAGCUCCCGAGGUGGCAUCGUCUGUGGCGAUCUCUGUGCCACCGGUACUUCUCCUGCUGUCAACACCAGAGUCUGCAGUGCCCCCUGCAGCGGCAACGUGGUAGUUGGCACCCCCAAUGCCUGUGCCCCCUGCGCUGGGGUCAGUGCCUACAGUAGUGGCUGUAAGCAGUGCUAAGAGGCUGCAACUGCUGCUAGCAACACCUCCCCGUCCCCACUAUCACCCUCCACCCAGCCAGGACCUCACACUGCUACCAACAGUCUCCUCCACACAGUCCCCCAAUGAGCAUACCUGCAAGCCCUUUUGCCCGCUCUCCUGAGUGCCAAGCAUGGGCAGGAGUGUGCCUGGGUCUCUUUCUUUAGCCUUUUCUAAUGGUUUAUUCUUCUGAGGAGCCAUCUUUUUCUUCUGCCUAUGUUUUGCUGGAUUCAUUGGUUCUGCCUGACCCGUUCCCCCAAACCUGAAGACAUGAGGCAGGCCCGCAACAUCUGCCUGCUAGCACUUUGGGGAGUCUGAUCAUUUGCUUCUGUCUGGGAAGGGAGAUGGGGAACCUGAACUGCUGCUAGUUUUCUGUAACUUGGGAGGGAUCUGUCCCACGUAGGGAGGGCACCUUCCUUCCAGGGCUGCCUAUAGAAGCUUCUAAAAAGCCAAUGACUCAGCUGCCUGCAUGUUUGUCUUUGUCUCACUCCUUGUUUCCAAUAAAGUCAUUGCAGCAAAUCAAA